AGCAGUAAACAUUUCCAUGGUAACAGCGAUGUUACACUUUAGGGGUGUGGGUAGUGUCGUACUUCUCAAUGACAUCGCGAAUAAAAACAUGUUUUGGCUUCUUCGGGUUCAUAUACCAUCUUUUCACAGCUUCACAGAUCGUGGUCACGUAAUCGAGCGGAGUUUGGGGCAUGUGCCAUCAACCAUCAUGGCCGAUUUGUGUCGUAAUCGAAGGUCACACUCACUCUUGGGUCCUGAUUGGGCGCAAAUCUCCACAGCCCGCCCCUUCCCGCCACAUGUGGCCUGUCGCUGCUCCGAUUGCGCAGUCCCGCCUGCCACUCAAAGCAGCGGCAGCCAAUCGGAAGCCUUUGUCCUCUCCGACUGGCGUCGCCACUCGCUCGCCGGCAGCUCAGAGCAACAUGUCGGCGACGUUCGUGUUCCCCAUGUGUGUGCGAGCGGGCCGGAGCCUGCUGAGGCUGAGGAGCGGGGCCGCGGUGGACCUUGUGCGGACACUCUCCUCUGACAAGCCGCCGGCCGCGGCGGGCGGCGCCACGGGCGGACUGGCUCAGGCGAUCCUCCAGGAGAGGCUCCAGCAGCAGAGUCAGGGUCAGCCUCCACCUGAGGGAGGGGCAGCGGCGGCAGGGGAGAAGGAGGGAGAACAGACGGACGACAAGAAGCAGAAGGAAAACACGGCCUACGCCAAGAAGAUGGUGCUGCGCUUGGCGGGACUCAUGGGUCUGGGCGGCGCGGUCGGCGUCGUCUACAUAUUCGGAAGCAACUCAGUGGACGAGCAAGGAAACAUGAUUCCAGACGAGUUCGACAGAGACCCUCCGGUCGUCCAGCAGCUGAGAAGAACCUUUAAAUACUUCCAGGACUACAGACAGAUGAUCAUCGAGCCAACGAGCCCGAAGCUGCUGCCCGACCCUCUGAAGGAGCCGUACUACCAACCUCCGUACACUCUGGUGCUGGAGCUCACCGAUGUCCUGCUGCACCCGGAGUGGUCGUUGGCGACAGGUUGGCGGUUUAAGAAACGUCCAGGCAUCGACUACCUGUUCCAGCAGCUGGCACCGCUCUACGAGAUCGUCAUCUUCACCGCAGAGACCGGCAUGACGGCAUAUCCUCUGAUUGACAGCAUCGACCCUCAGGGUUUCGUGAUGUAUCGACUCUUCAGAGAUGCUACACGCUACAUGGAAGGACAUCACGUCAAGGAUGUGUCGUGUCUGAACCGCGACACCAGCAAGGUGAUCGUGGUCGACUGUAAGCGGGAGGCGUUCAGCCUGCAGCCCUUCAACGGCAUGGCCCUGACCAAGUGGGACGGGAACUCGGAGGACCGGACGCUCUACGACCUCGCCAACUUCCUCAAGACCAUCGCCCUGAGCGGCGUGGACGACGUCCGCUCGGUGCUGGAGAACUACGCUCUGGAGGACGACCCCAUCGAGGCCUUCAAACGGAGACAGGCUCAGCUGGCGCAGGAGGAGGAGCAGCGUCUGGCUGAGCUCGCCCAGCAGAAGCAGCAGGGUCUGUCCCUCGGCUCCAUCGCCUCGCGGUUCUGGCGCUCCAAGCAGCAGUGAGGCCCCGCCCCCCCCCCCCCUCUCGCACUCCCACCAAUCGCAGCCCCCGGCUCUCUGCCACGGUGAGGAGGGGCGGGGUGGCGAGCCUGCGGACUGUAGCCGGGCGAACGCCGCUCUGCCGCGAGCAGCCGUCGGGUCUGCAGCUCCGGAGCGGAGCGAGGACAAAGGCCGAGGUGUAGCGCCAGUGACAGAGGCGCUUGUUUGUUUUUGUUUUGUUUUGGGAGGCCGGACAUCAGUGGCCCUUCCUCCUCCCGUGGUCGUCAUGGCGUCAAGGCUCCUGCUCCGCGGUGGUCAGAGGCGGACCUGAGUCCGGCGCCAUGGGUCGACGUCGCGGCUGGGCUCCGUCCGGAACCAAGAACCAAGAACCUUCUUGACGUGUUUCAUCUCGUCUUCAGACGGAGCGGACGUGACGUCGCUGCUGCAGACGAUUCUAACGAAGAUUGUUUCUUAAAAAUGAAUAAAAGAUAAACAAUACUUCUUAAAGAGUUCAUUCAAUGUGUCAGACGAUCGGGGCACCCGAUUGGACAAGUGCUGGAGCUGCAGCCAAGCCAAUGAGAGGAGGCUGGAAAAGAACCAAAAGGAAAAAAAUUCACAUUAAUCUCUGACUUCCUUCCUCCUGAACUUUUUUUCAGAAACGUCUUGUGUUGUCCUACGUGUGUUGGUGUCGCGACUAAACGACGGUCUUCGAGGUUCGGCGCUGCUCCGUCUCAUUUGCUUGUCGGAACGUUGGUGUUGAUGUGAACUCGCCAGCGAGCGACGUCGUGAAUAAAGGACGAAAUAAAAAAACA